CAGCAGAUCGUUGACAAGACCAUUCUGUUCGCUGACAAGGACGAAGAUGGCAAAAUCAACUUCGAAGAAUUCUGUUCGGUUGUCGGAAACACAGACAUACAUAAAAAGAUGGUUGUGGAUGUGUGAGUUUAACUCGCCCCAACUUAUACAUAUAUGAAUAUAAAAAACAAACUAAAUUGUAUAAUUUUAAAUCGUCUUCUUCAGCUUGUUCUAUACUGCUGUUGUUAUUCAACUCUAAAAUUGCCAUCUUUUGGUGUCGAGUUAUUCAUUCAACUAUUGUGCAAUUAUCAUAAUGUUAAUUUAGUAUGUCGAAGAGAUCGUUGAGAGUUGAUUGAUGAUCAAGAGUCAAUCAUCGAUUAAGAUUUGAUCGACGAUCAAGAAUUGAUCGUUUGUUCGCAGUCGAUUGGCGAGUUAUCUCCUUCUCCUUCUAACUGCCUGCCACUCUAUCAGUGUUGUUUCAUUUGUAUUAUUAUCAUUAUCAUAGUCAUCUCAUUCGUAUCAGUGCUUCAUCCGUUUUAAACAUUUCAUUCAAAGUCCAGUAUUAUAGAGGUAUUAGUUUAGGGCUGUGAAAUGGAACUACACACUCGAAACCACCGGUUUUGUAAACGAGAAUCGGAGUUUAUCAUUGAUCAAACCGGGUUCAGUUAAGGAUAUAAAAUUAAUUCAAUUCUGUCAAUAGAUAGAUAAAAUGUAUUUUUUUGCACUUUAUAACAUUACAGGUGAUGUGGGCGAAUUGGGUUAAUUGGAAUCUUAGUAGAACCAGAAAAGUACAUCAUUUUUCAAAUUGAACAUUAUGUUCUCUUACGAUCAUUUUAGAUAGUAUGAUUUGUUGGUUGAAUAAAUGGAAUAUAUCGAUUGAAUUGAUCAAUCAAGAAUCGUAUAAAAAGGUUGAUCUUGAACGGUAAACUCCAGUUAUCAGAAUAAAGGUCAGUCCACAUUAAGCGUUUUUUCAGGCGCCAACCCAAUGAGCCAAUCGGAGAGCUUCUUGCCCUGACGACUCUGAAAACGCCGUAAUAUGGUCUGGCCCUAAUUCUCACUUAUGAUUGAAGAUUUGAUCUCGUUCACCAGUCAUAAAAAGAUUUAGGAGAGUUAUUGUAGUGUUGGAAAUAACUGAUGAUGUAUGUAAAGUAACACUGUCUUAUCAUUAAUUGAAUUUAAAU